AUGUUUAGGGAGUACAAAGAGAUUCGCUUCUUCCGCGUCUUUCUCACACUGUGGAUCACGUACGCCACCUACACCGUAGUUCGUCGGCCCUUGAGUGUAGCACGAGCCAAUAUACAGCAUGACACUGGAUUCACCCCGGCAGAAACCUCACUUGUAGACUGUGUGUUUGUCUUCUCGUAUACCAAUGGCCAGUUGCUAUAUGGGCGCAUUAGCGAAUAUUGGGGGAAUAAGCAAAUUCUCUUUUAUGGUAUCCUCUUGUCUGCAACGGCUUUGGUGUGUCUAGCGCUCGCGUCCACGCUCCCGGUUUUUUGCCUGGCGUGGACCAUUAACGGCAUUGCACAAGCAGCUGGGUGGGCAACAUGCCUUUCAAUAAUGAAUGUGUGGGUCUUUCCCAACGAACGUGGUAGAGUAAUGGGGUGGUGGUCAACAAACAUGGCGGUGGGGGGCCUGAUUGGAAAUAUAUUUCCCGCCUUUCUUAUCGGAAAGGGGUUUUCGUGGCGUGUGGCGGUUGCGUCUGAAGCAGCGAUUAUUUUGGCAGUGGGUGGUGUUGUCUUGUUGCUGCUUGUUCAACAUCCGAAUUUGGUUGGUUUCCCUUCGGUGCAGCAGAUUGAAGGAGGCGAGCAACCCACAAGAUGGACAAGUAUUAAUCACUCAUUUCCUCUGAGCAAAGACGGUGAAGUGUAUAAUGGGACUUUGCUGCAACCAACGGGUUUGCCGGUUCAGCAGCAUGACCCACUUCAGCAGAAUGAGAACGAGCUCCAUAAAGAGUCUGGUUCUCUCACAUUGUAUAGCAUCAUUCAGCUUCCAGGUGUGCGUGAUAUUUGCGCAUCGUAUUUCCUGCACAAACUUGUGCGCUACGGCUUCAUGUUUUGGCUUCCGUAUUUCGCUGUGCAGGAAUUAAAAUAUACCACCGAGAUUGCCGGGUAUCUGACGUCUGCCUUUGACAUUGGUGGAGUCGUUGGCACUGUAACAUCGGGGUACAUCUCGGACUGGAUGUUUCAUGGCCGUGGACGCACGCGUGUUGUUUUGCUCUUUACUGUUGGUAUGGUGCUUGGUACCUUGUCUUUUGCCAUUUUUUCCAACCUAUUUGCGGAAAGAGCUUUGCUCUUUGCAGCGGUGACCGGUAUUGUUGGGUUUUUUGCCUUUGCUAUAGAUGCGCUACUCUCAGGUUCCUUUCUUUUGGACUACCUGGAGCAAAUCCAGAUGGCCAAUCACGCAGGAGCUAUCAGCGGCGUGGUGGGCGGUGUCGGAUCAGUGGGAUCCAUCUUUCAAGGUGUCUUCACAGUUGUGCUGAGCACUAGUUCCUGGUCAACGUUGUUUUAUAGCUUUGGGUUGGUGACGGCGUUGGCGGGCGUUUUUCUGAUUUAUCCGCUCUGGAGGGAACUUGAACAGAAGAGCAAAACAUCGUAUGCAGUGUGA